AUGAUCGUCAUCACCGCGCUUCUCGUCGCUUUCCCCAUCCUUCUCAUCCUCGUCCCAUCCUAUAUCGCCACUAGACGACGGAAAUUCCCCAAGGUCGACGUCCCCGUUCUGAAUCUUCGGUCCAAGGAGGGCGGGAAGUUGGACUAUACCGCCGCCACCGAACAGUACAUGUACCACUUCGAGGACAUACUACAGGAGGGAUGGCAGAGAUUUCGGGACGGCAUCUACCAGGUCUGGGGUAUCGACGGGUUCUUGGUGAUUGUGAGCCCUAAGUACGCAGAAGAAAUGAAUGCCUUGGGCACAGAUGUGCUGGAUGUGCACGCUGCGAGCCAGACUCGCAUCAUUGGAGAGUACGAGUGGUUGAAGAUUGCCGAUCACCUGCUGUUCCACUCGGUACAGAUUGACUUGACACGAAACACAGGCAAUUUAAUACCUGGUAUACGAAAGGAGAUUGAAUACGUACAUUCGGUACACUAUCCUCCCUGCGAAGAAUGGACACGCAUCGCCCCGUGGCCGCGCCUGAUGGAGACGAUGGCGCUCGUGGUUUCCUACAUGACCGUCGGCGCCGACCUCAGCCGCGAUGAGGCCUGGCUGUCCACCAUGACGGGUUUCCUGGACGACCUCUUUGCAGGCGGUUGGGAACUCAAAAGCUACCCGAUCGCCCUCCGCCCCCUCGCCGCCCGCGGCCUCGUCCCGGGCAUCCGGCGGGUGUGGGCGCACCAAGCGCGUGCGCGCUCGCUCCUGGUGCCCAUCAUCCGGGCGCGGCGCGCCGCGGAAGCCGCCGCCGCCCUCCACACUACCCACGGGGCCUACGAAAAGCCGAACGACCUGCUGCAGUGGAUGGCCGACAACUCGCGGCGGCCGGGGCGGCAGCAGCAGCAGCCGGCGAGGAGCGACGAGUUCGUCGCCGACAUGUGCCUGGUGGUGGGCUUCGGGGCGCUGCACGCCACGGGGACGACGCUCGCGAACGCCGUCCUCGACCUGGCGGCGCACCCGGAGUAUGCGAAGGUCAUCAGGGACGAGUACCGGGGGGAAGUGGCCAGGGGGCAUGAGAAGGCGUCCGCCCUCGUCAACAGCCUGGGCAAGCUGGAUAGCUUUCUCAAGGAGUCGCAGAGGAUGAAUCCAACCACCCUCACCGCCUUCUCCCGCCAGGUACUCAAACCCUUCACCCUCUCCAACGGGGUCCAUUUCCCCGAGGGAACCCACAUCCUCGUGCCCUCGGCCAUGAUCUCGCGGGACCCGACGGUCUACCCCUCCCCGGACAAGUUCGACGGCCUGCGGUUCUACAACCGGCGGCAGGCGGCGGCGGGGGGCGCGGCGGCGCACAGGAACCAGUUCACGAGCACGUCGCGCGAGCAGAUGCACUUCGGCUUCGGGCGGCAGGCGUGCCCGGGCCGCUUCUUCGGCGCCGCGGCCAUCAAGUGCGUCGUGCUCGACCUGGUCGAGAGGUUCGACCUGCGGCUCGUCGACGAGGCCGCGGGCAGGCCGAGGAACUCGGUCAAGGGGGCCAUGAUCUCGCCCGACGAGAAGGCGGAGCUUCUCUUCAGGCGGAGAGGGGCGGGUUCGUCGCAGCGGUGAAGACGGAGUAGGGCGAAGAUUGAAACAUGAUUUUGGGAGAGUUCGGACCGCAUACGAUCGAGAUACAUGAUUUCGCGAGAAGAGACAGGAUAUAAGGUUGAAUGUGAUGAUUGGAGUACAAUAGAGCUGUGGGAACGAUGAACCGAGUGCUGAUUUCCCUUAUAAGAUCAUGAGAGAUAAAGAUGAUAGGUAUUUACCCAGCUACAACGGGGCGUUUGCUAUGCUGUUUAGAGAA